AUGGAGGAGAUAGACAGGCUGCUUUCCACCAUCGAGCUUGACGAGUACACCAUCAAGGAAGUCCAGAAUGGUUGGGAGACGACCGAGAAGCGGUUGGGCGGGCCAAAGGCAGCCGGUGAGGAGGUGUUUACGAAGCUGAGGAACGAACUUCCAAAGACACAGGGCAUGCUCACACGAUCCAGCACCGUUUGGCAUCUCCUGUCGGAGUUGUUGCAAUCCCUUGGGCAGCCAAAGGUGGUUCAGAAGCGCCUGGAGUACAUCGCCCUGCGCCACAUGAAUGCGGACAUCACCACGGCCGACGUCGAGAUCUUCCGCAACAUCCUGUUUGAAGUUUGUGCGUCGAAGCUGGGUGGCUUGAUGACUCCAGAGUUCCAGUUUGGCCUGGGUCAGAUCGUUGUGGCCGUGGGCACUUCCCUGGCCAAGACCCAUGCGCACUAUGCAAAGCGGCUUCAUUUGCUGACAUCUUGCUGGAAGGAAGUGAAU